CAUUCAGAGGUUUGACUUGGACUUGGCGGGAGAUGCGCGUCCGCGGUUGACGGUUCUUCGGGCGGUAUAAACAUAAGCGCUGAGUCGGUUUUCAUUUUCAAAAUAUAUAUCUCACUUAAUCCAUCAGUGGAUUCACGGAAAGCGACAAAGAUGGAAGAGUUUGCUGUUUUCGCGGUUUUUGGAGCAGACGAGCCUCCGCAGGAGAUUGCCAAUCUUCAUGGACGUAGGGGCAGAUCCGCAGUAAAGAGCGGUGUCCAGCAGAUUGUACUCUUUACUAGAGGAAAAUGGGAAAAGUGCAGUAGUGUUUCAGUCGAGCUUAAUGAUGAGAGAGACAUGCUGAUCACGCUGACCAAAUUAACUUCGUUCAACAAAUGUGUUUCUUGGGAGUUAGGGGAGGAUGGUGUAUGGAGUGAUGGGGCGACACUAAAUGUUCACAUUGAGGGGAUUAAAAGUGAGUUUCUUGAUCCAGCACUUAGCAUUGCACAAAAUGAAUACACACCUGAGUGCAACAGCACAACAGUGGUACCUCGUGCAGGGCUGGGCAAGAGGAAACGGUCACAGGGAGAGGAAGACGAGGGAGAGGACACAAAAGGACAAGAGAAUAUUUGCCCAAACUCUUCAGAGAAGGUGACUCCACAGCGGAAAGGCAAGAGCAAUCCUCGCUCAGGACAAACACGGCUGUUCCAGCAAAAAGAUGAGCCGAGCACCACCCGUACCGCUCUAAACCCCAAAACUAAAGGAAAACAACAAACUAAAACUUCCACACAGAUUGCUUUAACAGAUGGUCCAUCCGGGAGGUGGGGUCAGACCCUCUGUCCAAUUGACCCCCAGACAGCCAUACUUAUUGGAGGACAAGGGGCCAGAAUGCAAUUCUGCAAGGAUCCUAUUUGGAAACUGUGUACAGAGGACUUGUCCUGGGUCCCUGCUGAAACUCUGGCAGAAGGCCCUACACCCGAGGCUCGGAUUGGCCACACGGCAACAUACGACCCUGAGUCAAAGCGGAUCUUUGUAUUUGGCGGCUCGAAGCAUAAGAAAUGGUUCAAUGAUGUUCAUAUUUUAGACACACAGAGCUGGCGCUGGACCAUGGUGGAGGCACAAGGGAAAGUUCCUCCUCUGGCCUAUCACAGCUGCACUCUGUUCAGAGGAGAGCUUUUUGUGUUUGGAGGGGUGUUCCCUCUUCCCCAUCCUCAGCCUGAUGGCUGCAGUAAUUCCCUUUACAUUUUCAACCCUGAAAUGGCCAUCUGGUAUCAGCCUAUUGUUAACGGAGACAAGCCUGCUCCACGCUCAGGGCAUUCAGCUUGUGUGGUGCAGGAGAAGAUCUUUAUUUUUGGGGGGUGGGACACACCAGUCUGUUUCAAUGACAUGUUCAUGCUUGAUCUGUGCCUUAUGGAAUUUUCAGCCGUGCAGACGAGUGGAUCAGCCCCCACACCACGGAGCUGGCACGGCUGCGCUGUUCUGUCUGAGUCACGUUUCUUGGUCCAUGGAGGCUACAAUGGAAACGAUGCUUUGAGUGACGUGUUUACCUUCAACACAGACACAAAUUGCUGGACAUCUUUGGCAUGUAGUCAGCUGACCUCAACACCAAGAGCUGGGCACUCCAUCAUCACCAUGGCAACAGCACGUGUGAAGGGUUCCUCUGAUGAGCAAGAGCAGGAUUCUGAGUCUCAAACAUUGCUCAUAUUUGGAGGAGGGGACAAUGAAGGCAGCUUCUUCUCUGACUUGAUUACUGUGCCAGUGAAGGAGCUGUGUGAAUGAGACUCCGUGCUUUGGGGAAGGGACUUGGAGAUUAAAUAGAUGUUGCUGUCUUUGUGUUUCAAAGAUUUUACGUCAUGUUUCUGUUUUAAGUUUCACAUAUAUUUUUUAAUGGAUGUUCACAUUAGGGCCUGUGCUGAAUUGGCCAUUAAUAAAAAGGCUCUAUUUUUUAUGUUUUUAAAUGUGUUUAUUAUUAUUAAAAUGACUAC